AUGGCUUCAUCUCGAAAUAUCUACAAACGAGAAAUUGACUUCAGGGCUCUGGCACUCGAGUCCCCAGAAUUCGCAAAACGUCUGAAAACGAAUGAUCAGCUAGAUUUUACUGACCCAGAGUCAGUGAGACAACUCACGAAAAGUUUACUGGCACGCGAUUUUGAGCUUGCUGUGGACCUUCCCGAUGAUAGACUCUGCCCUCCAGUGCCGAAUAGACUAAAUUAUAUCCUCUGGCUUCAAGAUCUCCUUGACACUAGUUCUAGGACAGGCGACGACCAGUAUGACCCAAAUAGACAAGUUCUCGGUCUGGAUAUGGUGCUCCUGCAAUCAGACAUCGACGACAGAAAUAUCUCGUCAUCGCGCCAAACCGUUUCGAAGAAUAAGCUUGAAAAUCGAGUCAAAAUUAUAGAAACAAAACCCGAUGAUCCUCUCAUUCCGUUCGAAAAACUCAAUGUUGACAGAUUGGACUUUGUUAUGUGCAACCCGCCCUUCUACGAAUCCGAAGAAGAACUCACCUCCUCAGCAGCUGCGAAAUCAAGACCUCCAUUCACAGCAUGCACGGGUUCGGCAGUCGAGAUGAUAACUCCAGGCGGCGAAGUUGCAUUUGUUUCGGCUAUAGUGAUGCAGUCCGUAGAUCUCAAGACACGAGUUCUCUGGUUUACAAGUAUGCUUGGCAAACUGUCCAGCGUAUCGGUAAUUGUGCAGAAACUCCUCGACAUUGGCAUCAAGAACUGGGCCGUUACAGAAUUCGUGCAGGGCAAGGGAACUCGUCGUUGGGCUGUGGGCUGGAGCUUCUCAGACUGGCGACCACGGAGUGAUGCGAGCAGAGGAAUCACCACACUCUCCAAGAAUCUUCUUCCAUUCCCGUCACACUACAGUUUUGAUGUUUCGAUUAAACCAAACGAUUUAUUAAAACAAGCCAUCGCCAAUAUUAACACGGACUUCUCAUCACUCAGACACUUCUGCUAUUCCUGGAUCUCUAAACAGUCCUGCAUCGGCUACGCCAAGGAAGAUGUGUGGUCGAGAAAGGCACGACGUAAAUUUGCAAGGGAGCAGGGAGGGAAGGAGCAGGGCCAGCAAAGCGACAAAAUGCAGUGCAGCAAUGAUGGUAAGAGUAAGCAAAUGGAGGAGAUGAUAGAGAACGCUGCAUUGGGAUUUCGCAUUGACUUGUCACUUCAAGCUGAUGGUAGCGUCCAUGUGGUUAUCCGCUGGCUCAAAGGACUAGAUCAGGUGCUUUUCGAGAGCUUUUGCGGUAUGGUCAAGAGGAAGAUCAUGGAGGAGAUACGAGCAUGA